AAUAUUUUUCUUCCCCUUUUCCAUCAUAUAAAGAAAAUAAAAAAAAAACAUUUAUUUUCCAAUAUCGUCAUUGCUUAUCUUCACCUAUCUGAAAAUUAUAAAGCAGAUUACCUGAACCUCGAUCGAUAAAAACUUCACAAUGAGGCCAGCAUCAUUUUCUUUUGUUAUUCUAAUUAUUUCUUUCUUGCUUUCGCAACCAUCUUCAUCGGAUGCUGCAGUUAACUGCAACAAUAUAGCCAAAUCAUUUAAACCUUGUAUAGAUUGGGUGGCGACGGGCCACAAAAAAGCUGCGGUGCCUCCAAAGGCUUGUUGCAACGAAAUGCAUAAACUUAAUAACAUGGGAAUAGAUUAUGAUGCAGAAAUAGCUAUUUGUGAAUGUGUCAAGUCUGAAAUGCAAGAUCCGAACAUCGAUAAAAAAAUAGCUGACAAACUUACUUGGCGUUGUGGAGUCCUCUUGCCCUUCCCUACCGUCCCAAAAGUCAAUUGUUCUGAGAUAAACGCUACAAAUACCAGGGGUCUUAAUCAAGAUACAAAUUAAUGAGCCUUGGAGUGAUAUGAUCUUGAGGACUUGAAUCAGAAAUGUGGAAUGUUUUCAAUCUAUUGAACUUUUUCUUUUUGAAAAAAUUUCAUGUAAUAUUAUUACAAAUAGCGUUUACUUGAUUUGUCUAGAAAAUAUAAUUCCUAAGCAAUCAUUCUCAAAAUAGAAGUUAAAUGAGGGUCAUAACAUGCAAUAUUUGGCUAGGACGGCUAUGUAUUCCUUCAUUGAAACUAUGUAUUUCUUGUAAAAUAUCCAAUAACCUUUGUGUGUUUGCUUAUUUGAAACUUUUAUUUUCAGAAUUGUUGUACUGCCUCUAAAGAUUAUACUAUGUUGUAUCCUCGUUUGUUA